AUGGCGUCGGGUGUCGGGGAGCCGCCGUUCCCGGCGGUGGACAAGUGCGAUGCAUCGCGCCUCGGGACGGAGUCCACGGUCGCGGCGGACCUCGACGGCACUCUGCUCCGUUCCCGGAGCGCGUUCCCGUACUACGCGCUCGUCGCCUACGAGACGGGCGGCGCGCCGCGCCUUGCGCUGCUGCUGCUUCUGGCGCCGCUGGCGGCGGCGCUGUCCCGCCUGGCGUCGUCGCCCGCCGCGGGGGUGCGGGUGCUGGUGUUCGCGGCCACGGCGGGGGCGCGCGUGGCCGACGUCGAGUCCGCGGCGCGCGCCGUGCUGCCCAGGUUCUACGCCGCCGACGUGCACCCGGCCGCGUGGCGCGUCUUCGCGGCGUGCGGCGGGGGCAGGCGGCUGGUGCUCACCGCCACGCCGCGGGUCAUGGCGGAACCGUUCCUGCGGGGCUGCCUGGGCGCGGACGCCGUCGCCGGCACGGAGCUCGCGACGUGGCGCGGGCGCGCCACUGGGUGGGUCGACGCGCGCUGGGGCGUGCUCGUCGGCGAGAGGAAGGCUCAGGCGCUCAGGGAGAUGGUCGGGCACGGUGAGAUGCCGGACGUCGGGCUGGGCGAUGGGAAGUCGGAUUACGCCUUCAUGCGCAUCUGCAAGGAGGCCUACCUCGUGCCGCAGACGCCGGUGGAGGCCGUGCGCGCUGACGAGCUGCCGAAGCGGAUCGUCUUCCACGACGGCCGCCUCGUGCAGCGCCCGACCCCGCUCGUCGCGCUGCUCACCCUGCUGUGGCUCCCCGUCGGCCUCCUCCUCUCGCUCGUCCGCUUCGCCGCGUCGGCGCUCCUCCCGAUGCGGUGGCUCCACUUCGCCCUCCACGCGCUGGGCGUACGCGUCGUCGUGCGGGGGUCGCCGCCGCCGCCGCCGCGCCACGGUGGCGGCGCGACGGGCGGCGUGCUCUUCGCCUGCUGCCACCGCACGCUCCUCGACGCGAUCUUCCUCUCCGUCGCGCUCGGCCGGCCCGUGGCCACCGUCACCUACUCCAUCUCCCGCCUCUCCGAGUUCCUGUCCCCGAUCCGCACCGUGCGGCUCACCCGCGACCGCGCCGCCGACGCCGCCACCAUCAGGACCGUGCUGUCCGAGGGCGACCUCGCCGUCUGCCCCGAGGGGACCACGUGCCGGGAGCCGUUCCUGCUGCGGUUCUCGGCGCUCUUCGCCGAGCUCACCGACGACAUCGUGCCGGUGGCGGUGGAGUGCCGGAUGAGCAUGUUCCACGGCACGACGGCGAGGGGCUGGAAGGGGAUGGACCCCUUCUACUUCUCCAUGAACCCGAGGCCGGUGUACACGGUCACGUUCCUCGACAAGCUGCCGGCAGACCUCACCUGCGGUGGCGGUAAGUCCAGCCAUGAGGUGGCCAACUACGUGCAGAAGGUCAUAGCCUCCACGCUCUCGUACCAGUGCACCGGCUUCACCAGGAAGGACAAGUACAGGGAGCUAGCCGACAACGACGGCGUAGUCCAUGCCAGGUAAAUAAACACCACCGAGAAGGAGCGCGUCCUUGCUUGGUAUAGACAGAUUUUUUUUUUAAACGAGUUAAAAAAGAGGAAUGC